ACGUGCGAGCGAGUCGAGAGGAACGUGGAAUUGCGGCGACGACGACGCCGAUAGGCAGUUCCGUUGUGCCCGCGGGGGCAGCAAGCGGCGUCCUGCCGCCCGCACAGAGCGGCCCUCCCCCCCCCCUCCUCCCCCUCUCACUGUCGCUGCGUGCUGCUUGUGGGCAGCGCGAGCCUAGCGCGUCGCCCGCUCCGCCGGGCUCCUGCAGUGACUCACGGCGGCAGGCGGCGACGCCUCUGCGGCACGUGGACGCCGUGACGUCACAGGCCAAAUUAGGACCGUGACGUCAUCGCCAGCAGCAACCUUGCGCUAUCCACUGCUGUGCAUACCCCGUGCCACACAAUGAGUGGUUCUUUUUUUGUUUGGAACAUUUCGUCGUCGAGACAUGAACCUGGCAACAAAUGACCACUUCACAAUCGUCAGAGCAGCGAUGUCACACGUCAAUCAAUCAUCCAUACAUCACAAACUCCCCCCCCACUCCCGUUCAUCAUCAUCCACGUGCUGCCGCUGGUGGUGUUGGGAAUGCGCGCGGGCUGACUGCGUGCCCCACGCCACCCACGCAGCAGCGGCAGCCCCAUCCCUUGGGCGGCGAGCGACGCAGAACGUCGUGGCCUCCGGGUGGGCCGGUGUGGGUGAGGGAUGCGAGCGAGUGAGCGAGUCUUGUGGUUCAAGUCUGUCCUGCCCUCCACCCCUCCUCCCGGAGCCGCAGCCUAGCCCCUGCCUCUCCGCUCUGUCACUUGAAUCUCCCCUGCCCGGGUGAGGGUGGAGCGUGUCGUGUGUGCGUGUGUGUCGCCUGUGUGUGUCGUGUGCGGGCGGGCGGGCGGGCGGUCGGUCCCACUGCCUCGCUCACGCACGCCACGGGCACCGCUCACGGCCAGCCCGCCGACAUCUCUCCGCCUCCCUCGCUCGCUCUCCCCCGGCUGCUCGCGAUCGCCGAUCUCACGACCGCCGACUCCGUCGAUGCCUUCGGUGGUCACCUGCAGUCGAUCCCCACCGGCCCAGGGUACGCGGCGUUCGAGAUCCACGCCCGUGUCGUGCCAUCCUCGUGGUGGUUGGUUUCGUUUUGGUUUUUUUCCACUGCCUUUUCGUGCCGCGCCGUGUUCGAUGAGCCAGUGUCUUGAGUGUUCGGAUGAAAGUGUCCUCGUUUCUAUGUCAAACGCAAUCUAAAGUAGCAGGCAGAGAGAUAUGUUGUGUUUAUCUAUGUCAUAGAGACAUACAUACUUACACUCGGGGCUUAAUUUAUCACUGAAUAUUUUCUGAAUCGUUCAUAAAGUGGUUUUCUGGCUGUAGGUAUACUGGAUGUGGUGUGCUGGCUGGAAGUAUACUGGACGUGGUGUGGCUGACUAGCCCGAUCGGUGGAUACGCAACUAAGUGGACCCCUCGGUGGACGCCCUGGCUGGAGAGAUGAGGCCCUGCGAGUCGGAGGGAUGCUCGCCGUGCGAGUGACGCCGGGUCUCGCCGAGAGGGGGGCCAUGGUGUCGCAUGCCCUGGGGCCAGAGGGCCCCCCACCCUGCCAGCCCUACAGCAGGUACCAGGCGCUGAUGGGGUGCCAGGUGACCCCGCGCGACCCCGGGAGCCGGGACUUCGCGCGGCUCUCGUCGGCCGCACGAUCCGCGGCAAAAACCACGUCCACCGUCGCCUGCCGAGCCCGCCGGACCGACGGCACGGAGGGAACGACGGGCGGCGGCGCGACGGCGACCGGCAGCCCAACGGGGCGCCACCCCCCGCCGGCCCGAAGGCGCUCGGCGUGCCGGGCGUGCCGUGGCCGCUCGGCGGCGUGGCGAGCGGGGACCGGAGGAGCAGGGAGCUUCCCGAUGGCGGCAGCUCGGUGCCCCACGUGCCAGCCCCAGGGCCAGCCCCAGGGCCAGCCCCAGGGCUCGGCAGACGGCCCCUGGGUGGUGCGGGAGGAGAGGCUGCAGGAGGCGGCCACCAUCAUCCGUGCUGCCGUCCUCGCCUACCUCACCAGGCGCUGGUUCCUGCGGCUACGAGCGAGCGCCGUCCGCAUCCAACGCCGGUUCCGCGCCGUGCGGCGCCGCCGUGAGCGCUCGCGCCUCCGUCCGGCGCCGGCGACCCCGCCGACCGGGGCCCGCCGGGCCCGUCCCGGUCGGCGCCGGCCACCCUCCCCCUCUUCCGCCGGCGGCACGCCGCGGCUCCCCGGACGCGACGGCGCCCGUGUGGGUGCACAGAGACGCCGCGGCGGCCGACGCGGCCGACGCGGACGACCGGCGUCGCCAGCGGCGAAGGGAACGUCGGACUCGCCGCCGCGACGGCGCUCGACGGGCAGAGCGUCGUCCUGGCGCCCUCCGCCCCGGCCGCUCGCCCCCAGCAGGGGGAGUUGGCGCCACCGCGUCCGCCUCGAUCCGCCCACGGGCACGAAGGCGGCGGUGGCGGCGGCGACGCCGAUGAAGACGACGCGGUGGUUCCUGAGCGAGGAGCUGCGGAGGCCCGGCUACACCCGCGUGUUCCUGCCGCGCCGCGCCGCCGCCGCCGCGGUCGCGGGCGGCCCGCCGGCGGCGGCGGCGGCGGCGGCGGCCCCGUCGCCGGACGCGCUGUCGUGCCGCAGCGACGACGAGUGGAGCUGGCGCCGCGGCGACUCGCUGGAGGGGGGCCACGGCGCGCGGGCCGACGCGGCUGUGUCGCUGCGCCGGGGCCGCCGCCUCCUGUCCCCCGACCGCGAGUUUCCGCUACUCGGCUGCACGGGGGAUCUCUGUCUUUGCGUGCAGCUGUUCGAGGACUCGGACGGCGCCCCGGACGAGGACGAGAUCCUGGCGUCGCGCCGCGGCUGCGUGACGAGCGGUGCCGCCGUGCGGCCCUACCACUCGAGCCACCUGAGCAUGCGCGGCGGGCCGAUGGGGCUGUGGAAGCGGCGCUGGUGCGUCCUCCGCGGGGACACCUUCAUGUGGUUCCGCACCAAGCAGGACUCGCUCAAGGCCGGCUGGCUGCUCAAGCUGCAGGGCGGCGGCGGCGGCGCCGCGAGGGCCCCCGGGGCUCGCGGCGCCGUCUGGAAGCGCCGCUGGUUCGUGCUGCGGCGCGACGCGCUGCUGUGCUACGACAGCGACUAG